CCUUUACCUUCCUACCAGUAGACAGAACUUUGCGUGAUACCUUAGGAUCGGCCAAUUGCUGGUGUCCCUGAAUGAUUAAUGAAUGGCAUUUCGGACUACGCUGCAAUGCGUCAUUGGACGCAGGCCUGCCCCACGUUUGUCCUCGGGGUGUGUCGACAGAGAAACAACGACGGGCGAGAACAGCCCAGAUUGCCCCCAGCCAAAGCGCAACUCUUGACAACUCUCCUCCCACCUCCAUCAUCUAAUCUUUCUCCAUCCUUACCAGAUACUCUUGCACAAGACACGCAAGGUCAAGAGAAGAUACGAGCAGAGUGCGAGGUAGCUACUGCUUAAUACUGGUACCCACCCCAGCCGCACAAGUCACUACUCCCCGCCACCCCUCUUCGUCUCGUCACAUCAGCAGAAAGCGAACAACAGCAUGGCCGACAACACAGAGGCGAGCAGCGAUGCUCAGGUCACUUUCAAGGUCAAGACCUCGGGCGACCACACCCACACAAUCAUCAUGGCUGAGAGCGCCACCGUGCUCGACCUCAAGAAUAAGCUCGCGACCGAAGCCUACGAGAACAUCGCUGUCGAGCGCCAGCGCCUCAUCUACUCGGGACGCGUGCUCAAGAACGACGACACACUGGGCUCGUACAAGAUCAAGCCCAACAACACAAUCCACAUGGUCAAGAGCGCGGCCAGCAACCCCACGCCCCAGCCUGCGAACGCCGCGAGCUCGACCCCCACCUCGACAGGCGUUCCAACCAAUAUGGCGGCGGGAACGGCCAACAACCCGCUCGCCAACCUCACGGGUGCGCGGUAUGCUGGCCAUGGUAUCAACAUGCCCGGUAUGGACAUGUUUGGCCCUGACGGCGGGAUGAGCGGGCCCAUGAUGGAUGAGGAUAGCAUAUCGCGUAUGAUGGAGAACCCCAACGUCCAGCAGCAGAUGAACGAGGCUCUCAACAACCCCGACUUCAUCAACAUGAUGAUCGAGUCCAACCCCAUGCUACGCAACGUGCCCAAUGCGCGCGAGAUCCUGCAGUCGCCGUUCAUGCGGCAGAUGAUGACGAACCCCGAGAUGAUGCGGUCGGCGAUGCGGAUGCAGCGAAACAUGCAGCCGGGGGGCAACUCAGCCUUUCCCGCGCCCGGUGCGACGGACACAACCCCGUCUGGGGCGGCGGCGAAUGAUGGUGGCAACAAUGCGAGCGCACAAGGCCAACCGCCGAAUCCAUUCGGCGGGCCGUCGCUGGCCGAUAUGAUGAUGGGCGGGAUGGGCGGACAGGGCGGUGCUGGUCAGGGUGGCCAGGGGAUGGACGCCCUCUUUAACAUGAUGCGCGCUGGGCAGGGCGCCACCGCGACUGGUCAGGCCCCAAACCAGGGCGCCGGCGCGACACCAGAAGGGGCGACGGGCCAGAGCCAAGGACAAGGACAAGGCCAAGGACAGGAGGGUGCUCAGCAGAAUCCGUUUGCGGGUAACCCAUUUGCUGCGCUCCUAGGCGGAGGCGGCGGCGCGGGCGGCGCUGGUGCUGGCGCUGGUGGCUUUGGCGGACUGCCCCCUCCCAACCCCGAAAUGAUGCAGCACAUGUUGCAGAUGCUCGGAGGUGGCGGUGCCGGCGCUGGAGGCGCCCAAGCACCGGCCGACAACCGACCUCCCGAGGAGCGUUACGCCGACCAGCUCCGCCAGCUGAACGACAUGGGCUUCUUUGACUUUGAUCGCAACGUGGCUGCGUUGCGCCGCAGUGGAGGCAGCGUACAAGGGGCCAUAGAGUACCUCUUGACGGCGACAGACUGAGGUGGAGGAGGGAGUGGUGCGUGUCUUGUUUUUAUUUGAUUUUCCUUCUUCUCAGAGCGAGGGCUACGAUCAUCGGAGCAUGACAAGGGAGGG